AUGAACAGAAAAAGAUCGGUUAUUGCGCUAUCGGUGUAUUUAGCCAUUGCAUUGCUAACUUCUUUUACAGUCAUCUCUAAGCCUUCCUAUCUUACUACUAGUCAUCCGAUUCUGAACUAUAAUGCUGGAUUAAGAAUGUUAUCGAUCGAUGAAGAUACAAGCAGUAAUUCGCUUCAAAGACUAAGUAUGGCCGUCGUCACUGUUACUGAUACAGAUGAAAUUAAGGGGGAAGCUGAGGGUGCACGUAAUGUUGAUAAUCGGAUGAUACAGGAAAUCAAGCUUACUCCGGUAUGCGACGUCUUAGACCCACGAUUUGAUAUUUGCGAGAUUGAUGGCCAUAUAAGGAUCCAUGGGAAAUCGUCAUUCGUUCUCUAUAACACAUUAUUAUCUGCAGAAGGUAUUUCAAGCACCGGGAAUGAAUCAUGGAGAAUCAAACCGUACGCUCGAAAAUCAGAUAACUCAGCAAUGAAGGUAGUUAAUGAAAUUUUGGUAAAACCGUUGCUAAAAAACGACUUAAACCAGCCGAAUUGCACUACUUAUCAUAAUGUUCCUGCGGUGAUUUUCUCGGUCGGAGGUUAUGCUGGCAACCAUUACCACGCUUACACCGAUGUGUUGGUACCUCUUUUUCUCACUUCUCAUCAGUUUAACCAACAAGUUCAAUUUCUAGUCACAGAUUUUAGUCCUUAUUGGAUUUCAAAGUACAAACCCAUUCUAAAUCACCUCUCAAAGUAUCCGGUAGUCGACAUUGAUAAAGAAAAUGAUGUCCAUGGUUAG